UCUGGUUAGACGCAUGCGCUUACUCUGUAUGAACCGGGUUUGAUUUUAUUAAUAAAAACUCUGGACGGUUUUUCCUACGUUUCUUCGCACCAUCAUGUCUUCAAAAAGCUGCAGCAAUGAUGAGCAAUUUGAAGGACAGGCCGCAGUAAAAGAAGAACUGAACAAGAAGAUUAAAGAGCAGAAGGUUCUUGUGGACGAGCUCUGCAAUCUGAAGAAAAACAGGAAAGUCUACAUCCAGCAGAGGAACAGUAACAUCUUCUUCGUGGGAGACAGAAGUCAGACACUCACUUCGUGCAAAAAGGAGCUCGAUUAUAUGAAAAAGGAACUCCAGGAUAUCUGAGGCCACAGCAGCGCCGCGAUGUGCGGGAUCUUCUGUGCGCUGAGUCUGGCGUCCACUCACUCUCAGUGG